UGAUUGUUAAUUGACUGUUACAUCACCAUACCCACAUUUUCUCCUGACUUUUCAAAAAGAUGAGGGUACUAACAUUUUUCUCUUAGGAUAGACUGACUAGCGGAAAAGGUAAAUGGUACCACCUUUAACAACAGACCUCUAAACCCAUUGGCGUCCGAGGUUCUUUAGUGGGGGUCCUAUAAAAUAAUUGAGAACGCGAUGUUUUGCGCCAGUUCAGCCAAGAUCUAUACGGACGAUGUUACAGAUUCUAAAGCUAUCUGAUCAUCGGUAAAUAUUUCGUGAAGUGUGAACCCAGUGAUAUAUGCGUAGGUAAACAUUUGAGUUUGUCAACAUGGAUUACGAGCCUGUGAGGCAAGACACUAUAUUCAGGAGAAAACGAAGAGGCAGAUUUGUAAUAUGCGGUGCAAUCCUGCUAGUCAUCCUCCUGCUGGUACUUGCAUUAGGAAUUUAUGCAUUUAUAUUUAGAGAUAAGGGCGUAUGUGAAACAGAAGAAUGCAAAGACACAUCCAAAAAGAUACUGGGCAAUAUGGAUUUGAAGGCGGACCCAUGCCAGGACUUUUAUCAGUUUGCUUGUGGGGAGUUCGUGAAGAAGGCUGUGAUACCAUCCAGUAGGACAGAAGUGGAUUCUUUCUCUACACAAGCGGAUGUCAUAGACAAACAAAUCCACACCGUUCUGGAAGAACCCUAUAAAAAAGAAGAUGCCAGAACGAUACAGCUAGUCAAACAAGUAUACAGGGCGUGCAUGAACGAAACAGAUAUCGAAUUGCAUUCUGUCAAUUCCAUCAAAAAACUUUUGAAAAGUUUCGGAGGUUGGCCAGUUGUAGAAGGCAGUAAGUGGAAUGAAGAUACCUUCAAUUGGUCCGAAACACUGAUAAAAAUGAAGGAAUCUGGACUUCCCUAUGGGUUCUUCAUGGACUUUUCUGUUGUGGUCGACGACAAGAAUUCUUCAAGACGUAUUUUAACGGUAGACCAAGGCUUCGUGGCCUUCGAGCCCAUAAAAAGAGGACCAAGAGACAAUCCUAUCUUGGACGCUACCCACACCUUCAUGGUCAACAUAGCUGAAGCCUUUGGCGCAGACAGAAAUAGAGCUAAUCGUGAGAUGGAAGAUGUACUACGGUUUGAGAUGGAUAUAGCCAAGAUAAUGGUACGGCAAGAGGAGAGGAGAAACCUGGAGAACGAGUACAAUCCAGUAAGGAUAAGAGAUCUGGAGAGGGAUUUUCCCAUUCUUCCAUGGUAUAAUUUCAUUAAUAGGCUGGUUUAUCCAUCCAAGGUCACCCGUGAUACCAUGCUGAUUAUUCACUUGCCAGUGUAUCUGCAAAGGUUGAAGCCUUUAUUGGACCGAACCCCCAAAAGGUUGCUGGCGAAUUACAUCCUCUACAAGGCAGCUGCGUCAUUGAUAACCUACUCCAACAAGAGGCUGAGACAGAUCAGGCUGGAAUUCACCAAAGCCACUGUAGGCAUACGUUCCAGUUCUCCUAGGAAUGAGCAGUGCACCUCGAUUGCGUCAAGAUUGGAAGUAGCAGCAGGUGCUCUAUAUGUCCGGAAAUACUUCAACAAAGAAUCCAAAUUGGAUACAGAGGAAAUCGUGAAGGAUGUAGAGGAACAGUUCACCAAAACGUUGACUACAAUUGACUGGAUGGACCAAGAGACCAAAAAGGCUGCCUUGGAGAAACUCAAGAACAUGGACAAAUACAUCGCUUAUCCUGAUGAACUCAUGGACGACUCCAAGCUGGAAGAAUUUUAUAAAAACCUCCAGCUAACAAGCGAUAACUACAUCGAAAUCGUCCUGAACAUUUCCAAGUUCCAAACUGAAAAAGAGAUGAUGCUCUUGUCCGAGCCAGUCGUCAGAUCGGAUUGGAGGACCAGAUCAGCGGUGGCCGUGGUCAACGCCUACUACGACACCAACGCCAAUGCCAUACAGGUGCCUGCCGGUAUACUACAAGGUGUGUUCUUCAACGCCAAGCGGCCUAGGUAUUUGAACUUCGGAGGUAUAGGUUACAUCAUUGGCCACGAAUUCACCCACGGUUUCGACGAUGAGGGAAGCCAAAUGGACAAGGAUGGCAACCUUAAGGAGUGGUGGAAAGGCACCACCAAGGCUGCCUACGAGAAGAAGGCCAAGUGUAUUGUGAAUCAAUAUUCUAACAUAUCAGUACCUGAAGUAGGGAUGAAGAUAAACGGCGUGAAUUGCCAAGGUGAAAACAUAGCAGACAACGGUGGCAUCAAAUUGGCUUAUCUCGCUUAUCAAGAGUGGGUCAACAAGAAUGGCGCGGAGAAUAAACUUCCUAAUUUGGAUUAUACUCCAAAUCAGAUGUUCUGGAUUGGAGCAGCCAACGUGUGGUGUUCCAAAAUGCAGACCAAAGCUCUGGAGCAAGUUAUCUCAACAGGAGUGCAUCCACCGGAUAAAUACAGAAUAAACGUUCCUUUGGCAAAUUCGAAAUAUUUCUCGAAAGACUUCAACUGUCCAAAGGGAUCUCCGAUGAAUCCUGAUGAUACUUGCACUGUGUGGUGAAGAGAUAUUUAUUUCAUUGUAUAUAAGCGAUACUAAUACAUCUGCUGAUUUUUAUAUUAAAAGAAAAAAGUUUGGAUUAUAGAAUACCUGGGGGAUUCUUUGUAUGUUUUCCACGAAAUUCCAGACUGGAUAAAAAAUACUCAAGUCAACGUCAGACGUGGGAGAGUAGAGAAAAAAAUUCUGUUUUUUAUUGUAUAUGUUAAAAGUGUUUCAGUUGAAUAUGAAGUUUGUUUUUUCUCAAUGUUGGCAAUAAAAUAAUUCUUUAUA